UUCUCACCCAACUCGCUUUCUUCUUCCCCCGCUUGCCUUUCACAUUUCUCCGUUCAAUUUCCCUUUCCUCUCUUUCUCUUCGCUCCGGUGAUUCCUACGAUGUCGUCCGCCGAGAAGGAAAGAGAAACGCAGGUCUACAUGGCCAAGCUUUCUGAACAGGCUGAACGCUACGACGAAAUGGUGGAGUGUAUGAAACAAGUUGCUAAACUAGAUGUUGAGCUAACCAUGGAAGAGAGAAACUUGCUUUCUGUUGGAUACAAAAAUGUUAUAGGUGCUCGGCGAGCUUCUUGGCGCAUCAUGUCCUCAAUUGAACAGAAGGAGGAGUCCAAAAGCAAUGAGAAUAAUGUUAAACUUAUUAAAGGUUACCGUCAGAAGGUGGAGGAGGAGCUUUCCAAGAUCUGCACCGAUAUUCUGACUAUUAUUGACAACCAUCUCAUUCCUUCUUCAACUUCUUCAGAAGCAUCGGUCUUUUAUUACAAGAUGAAAGGUGAUUAUUACCGAUAUCUUGCUGAAUUCAAAACAGAUCAAGAAAGGAAGGAGGCAGCUGACCAGUCAUUGAAAGGAUACGAGACUGCAUCAAGCACCGCAAAUACUGAACUCCCAUCAACCCACCCAAUCCGUCUUGGGCUUGCUCUCAACUUUUCUGUCUUCUACUAUGAGAUUAUGAACUCCCCUGAAAGGGCUUGCCACUUGGCUAAACAAGCUUUUGACGAGGCAAUUGCAGAGUUGGAUACUUUGAGUGAGGAAUCAUACAAGGACAGUACCCUCAUAAUGCAGUUGCUGAGAGACAACCUUACUCUCUGGACAUCUGAUUUACCAGAAGAUGGAGGUGAAGAAAACGUCAAAGGUGAGGAUUCCAAACCCGUAGUACCAGCCCCCGAGCAGCAGUAAUGGAGAAUGAAAUAGCCCUCACGCAACGACUGGAUUGGACAUCCAUCACCUUUACUCACUACGGAGUAUGGACCCGUACAAUGGUGGCUUGUGCUGAUAUUAGCUACUUUUUGGUUCCAACCAAAAACCAGAAAGAUUAAUUAGAUCCAUUUAUUAAAUCUUUGUUUCCCCAUUCUUGUUUCACGGCAUUAGGCUGAACUUUUAAAAGUAUUGAAUUGUCAGUUCAUUCCCCCUGUCGUCGCUCAUUUUCUUUUACUCUCUUUCCUUUUGAGAAUUUAAAUGUAAACUAAACUACCUUGUUUGAAUUUGGGCAAAAUUGAUGAGAUCUUUAUGGCAUCCA